AUGCGGCCGGGCCGGCGAAAGGUGUGGCCAGCCCACCCCCACGGGUGCGCUCCUUCGCCCCAUUGGCCGAGCGCUGCGGUGGCCGUCGGGAAGGACGGGGUGGUAGUCGCGGUGGCUGGGAGUGUCGCGAGUUGUGAGGCCGUUGUCGUGGCGCGUGCCUCGAGUUGUGUGUGCGCCAUGAAGGAGACGAGCGGGCAGCAGAACCAGCCUCAAAGGUACUAUGGAAUUACUUCUCCAAUUAGUGUGGCUCCUCCUAAAGAUAUAGAUUACAUCCAUACCCAAAAGCUAGUUGAAGUGGUGAAGCAGUUUGGAGUAUUUGAAGACAAGGAAGAAAUGAAUCACAGGUUGGUUGUUCUUGGUAAACUCGAUAACUUGGUCAAAGAAUGGAUUGUAGAACUUGGUGAGAGCAAGAAUCUUCCCCCUUUGACAAUAGCAAAUGCUGGUGGCAAAAUAUUUGCAUUUGGGUCUUACAGGCUUGGAGUACACACUAAAGGUGCUGACAUUGAUGUGGUUUGUGUUGCUCCUAGACAUGUGGAAAGAUCAGAUUUCUUUCAGUCUUUCUUUGAAAAACUAAAACAUCAGGACAAAAUAAAAAAUCUAAGAGCAGUUAAAGAUGCAUAUGUACCAGUUGUCAAGUUUGAGUUUGAUGACAUUGAGAUUGAUCUUGUGUUUGCAAAACUGUCUAUGCCAAUUAUUUCUGAUAAUCUUGACCUUGGAGAUGACUCAUGCCUGCAAAACCUGGAUAUAAGAUGCAUACGGAGCUUAAAUGGCUGCAGAGUUACCAAUGAAAUACUAAAUCUAGUGCCAAAUAAGGAGAACUUCCGUCUCACACUCCGUGCAAUUAAGCUAUGGGCAAAACGACGUGGCAUUUACUCCAAUGUGCUGGGUUUUCUUGGUGGGGUUUCCUGGGCAAUCCUAGUAGCAAGAACGUGUCAGCUGUUUCCGAAUGCUUUGGCUUCUACGCUUAUUAACAAGUUCUUCUUGAUUUUUUCAAAAUGGGAAUGGCCUAUACCUGUAAUACUGAAAAAACUUGAAGACAGCAAUCUUAAUUUACCAGUGUGGGACCCUAGGGUGAACCUGUCAGACAGAUACCAUGUGAUGCCUAUCAUCACUCCUUCCUAUCCGCAACAGAACUCCACGUACAAUGUAUCUAUGUCAACACGAGCAAUAAUGGAAGAGGAGUUCAAACGUGGUCUUCAAAUUACAAAUGAGAUUCUCCAGGAAAAAUCGGACUGGUCAAAAAUCUUUGAACCACUAAACUUCUUUAAGAAGUACAGACAUUACAUCAUGCUGACUACUAGUGCCUCUACUGAAAAGCAUCACUUAGAGUGGAAUGGCCUUGUUGAAUCUAAAAUUCGUGUGCUAGUUGCAAACUUAGAAAGGAAUGAUUUUAUUACUAUUGCACAUGUAAACCCACAGUCUUUCCCUGGACACAAAGAACUACAUAAACAAAAUGGGCAUGUAUCAAUGUGGUUUAUUGGAACUGAAUUUAAGAAAGCAGAAAAUGUGGAAAAGUUUAAUGUUGAUUUAACGCCUGUUAUACAGUCAUUCACAGAUACAGUUUACAGACAUGCUGACACCCUCAAAGUGCUAAAGUCAGACAUGAAGAUUGACACAGCUUAUGUCAAGAGAAAGCACCUCCACUAUUAUUUGCCUGCAGAAAUCUUGCAGAAAAGAAAAAAGCAAAGCAUGCCAGCUAUUGGUCAAAAUGCUACUGCACUUCAACACAAAAGAACUCAUUCAGAUGGAAGGUGUCUGGGAAGCAGUAGAGACAUGGACUCAAGAAUACAACAUAUUUCCCCUUCAUUAAGUAAGAGAUCUAAAUUGGACACCUCUACAGCAGAGGCAGGAAGAAAUGCUGUAUAUCGGAGAUCUAAUGGUGCUAGCAAUAGAGAGAAAAGUCAUGUAGCUGUGCCAUCAGUGGCUAAGGAACUCCCCAUUCCUGUUACUGGUUCAAAAAUGGAGGCUACAGUUGCAAACAGACCAUCAGGACCUCCAAUUGGUUGCACUAUCCCUGGGCGUAACACCACUUCUCAACUGGGAGUACGUUUUGCCAAAGAACAGGAUCAAUUAAGUAGGACUUCAGUUACAGAUCCCAAGAAACCUGCACCUAAACAACAUAUUUCACCUACAUCAGAAUGCCCUGCCCCAAAAAUAUGUGGAGAAAAGUUAACUGGCCAGGAUUCAGCAUCUGAAGAUGGUAGCAAACCAGAAGAUGCUGGGAGAGGAUCUAUGGAAAAUAGCGUCCUUAGAGGAAAAUCUACGCUGGUUCCAAUUAUCACAGCAGGAUCACAGAUGCUUUCCAGUGAUGAACUACGAGAGUCUUCACCCCCUGUUCCAACAAAUAGUAUUCGUAUUAUUAAAAGAUCCAUCAAACUCACCCUUAAUGGAUAA